CGCUUCCCGGCAAUUUCGUCCAUGUGGAGAGGCUGUAGCGCGCGCUGGGGCUCCCGGUAAUCCUGCACAAUAAAACACGGAAUGCCCGUUCAUCAUAAACAUCCGCGCGUGAGUAACGGAACACGAGUGCACGUGCUGUGUUUUACUUAGUUUUUUUUGUCGCGUGCGUUUUCCUCCUGAGCUUCAGUAACACAGUGGAGUAAGACAGCGUUUAUUUCAGAUUAACUUCCGGUUUCUGUUCUGAAGUUUAAGAUUUUACAUUUUAUACUGUGUCUGGUCACUUUAGCACUAAUUACCGGCAGAGGGUUAGCAUGUCUGACGAACCAGGACCAAGCAAACAGACACACUCUCAGACACACUCUCAGACACACUCUCAGACACACUCCCAGACACACUCUCAGACACACUCCCAGACACACUCUCAGACUCAAUCUCAGACUCAAUCUCAGCCCAGCUCCAGCUCAUCGUCUGGUCCGGCUUCAUCCAGCCAGUCAUCGUCUUCUGGCUCAGGGACGUUGAGCUCAGUGGACACUGUCCCCAUCACCGAGCUGUCAUCUAUACCUGAGGAGACUGAAGAACCUGAACCCAAAUGCUGGGGCAGAAUAGUGCCGUUAAUCAGAGGCUUUAACAUGCUCAACUGUGUGGAGAAUCAGUACUCCUUCGGGCGGGACAGUCGUAAUGAAUAUUGUUUUAAUGACCCGAUUGUUCUGGGAUCACCACGCUACAGAACCUACAGCAAGAGACACUUCAGGAUCUUCAGGGAUGAGAGUGUGGUAUAUCUGGAGGAUCUGAGUGGAAACGGUACAUGGGUCGAUGACACUGAGGUUGGAAAAGGAAAACGAUGUCCAUUAAACAACAACUCUGUGGUGUCACUUGCAGACCCCAAACACAAAGUGUUUAUGUUUGUUGACAUGACGGAGGACGAUCAGCCGAACUUCCCUAAAGAAUUCAGAGAAAAAUACCACGUCACACGCAAGAUUGGCUCUGGUGUGUGUGGGGAAGUAAAACUGGCCAUUGAGAGAGAGACGUGUAAAAAAGUGGCGUUAAAAACCAUCAACAAGAACGAUUUCCCCUCUGUUGGCACAGUGACGCGUAACGCAGAGCGAGAGAUUGAGAUCCUGAAGAAAAUUGAUCAUCCGUGUUUAAUCCGAACAGAAGAUUUCUAUCAGACGCAGGAUUCCUACUACAUCGUCUUAGAGUAUGUUGAGGGUGGUGAACUCUUCAGCAGGAUUAAAGCUCAGAAGCGGUUAAAGGAGAGAAUCGCGAAGCUUUACUUCUUUCAGAUGCUGAAGGCUGUGCAGUAUCUCCAUGAGAAUGGCAUCAUCCACCGUGACCUUAAACCGGAGAACGUGCUUCUCGCCUCCCAUGAAGAUGAGUGUCUCAUCAAGAUUACAGACUUUAACCAGUCGAAGAUUCUGGAGGAGUCGAGUCUGAUGAAGACUCUGUGUGGAACUCCUACAUUUCUAGCUCCUGAAGUCUUCACUGCCGAUGCCACAGGUGGAUACACACAAGCCGUGGACUGCUGGAGCCUCGGAGUGCUGUUGUUCAUCUGUCUUGGAGGUUAUCCGCCAUUUAACAGUGAGACAAGCUCCAUGUCAGUGCGUGAUCAGAUCAUCAGCGGGCAUUACUGCUUUAUCCGCUCACAGUGGGAGUCUGUCUCUGCCCAAGCUAAAGAUCUGGUGAAAAAGCUGCUGGUUGUGGAUCCGAAUAAACGCCUGAGUAUUUCAGAGGCAUUGCAGCACCCGUGGCUUAAUGAUGAGGAGAUGAAGCAGAGGGCGUUUAGUCUGAUGUACCCAACACAGCCCAGCGAACCAAGUCAACCUGGACCAUCACAUGCAGGACUACCACAACCGGGACCAUCACGACCUGAAGAACCACAGAGAAGAUCAAAACGUAAAGCUGAGGAGGAAGGAGAAACAUCAGCAUCUAAAAGGCGACCAUGACACUCCGCACACUUUCCAUCCAGCCUGUGUGUGUGCGUGUGUUGUGUACAAGAGUUGCGUACACUCUGAAUCUGUGUAUAUGUAUACACAUUGUGUAUACUCUGUGAGUGUGUAUGUGUGUACUGUUCUUUUUUUCAAUAAACAGCUUUUAACAUUGUCA